AAGGCAUUCUCUAAAACUAGUUUUCAGAUUGGUCAAAUCUCAAUUCCGCUUGGAAAGAUUGACCUUGCAGCUACGAUAGAGAAGACUGUAAAUAUCGAAAGCCCACCGGAAAAUCGGUUGGGUGAAGUAUGUUUGGCAUUACGUUAUGUGCCCAACAAGAACAAACUUUCGGUUGUUGUAAUGGAAUGCAAAAAUCUGAAGAAAAUGGAUGUUUUAGGAUUAUCAGAUCCAUACGUCAAAAUCUACCUGAUGUUGCAAAAUAAGCGCUUAGAGAAAAAGAAAACGACAAUCAAAAUGAAGACGUUGAAUCCAUACUACAAUGAAUCCUUCAGCUUCGACGUAACGCCAGAAAAGAUGCAGAGGGUACAUUUGCACGUUACGGUAUCUGAUUACGAUCGAGUCGGCUCAAAUGAACGAAUAGGGCAGGUAAGCGAUCUUUAUCUGGUUGACUUGUAA